AUGGACUUCGAACAUCACAAUAUGGCCGCUGAGCAGCCAAAGCGAAGAAGGCGAAACAUUGCCAAGCGGCGCCUGCGCAAUAGGGCACCCAUCUCUGCGCGCCUGGCCCUGGACAGCCAACUGCGCGGGAGCAUUGGCAUUGUGUCGGAUGACCUGGCAAACGACCUCUUUCAGCCGCCCUCGGUCACAGAACCGGCUGCAGACGACACCGGAAUCCGCUAUCUCGCCAUCUCGCCGUAUACUCCUGGGUCGAGCGCGGUGGAGGAUCUGGCCUGGACGAUCGUUCCCGUCAGGUUGGAGUCUCUGGAUCGCUCUCAUCCUGCUCCCCUCCCCCACUCAACGGUGCUCUUCCCAGACUCGGCAGAUUCCCUACAGCCAUUCAUCCAGACCCUGACCAAACUUGAUCCUACGCGCCACUCCCUACAAGCGCAGCGUGUCGUCGAGAUCCGAGCUCUGGACGUUGUUCCUCUGCAUCUAGACACUGUAUUUGUCACGGUUGAGCGGGACUUGCUUCGGAACCACGAUGAUGUCCAAAGCAAGUUUGGAGGCGGGUUUACCACAAAUGCGCAUGGCCCGAACGGGAUGUGGGCAAAGGGCGGAAAGGGUCUCGAGAUGAAGAAAUAUUCCAAAAAGACAGCGGCUGACGCGGAGGAAAGACUCACCGCAGCGGUCAGAGAGGCUCUCGGGACACAGAAGGUGGUGCAUACUGGCGAUGUACUGCCGCUUCCGCUACCACCGCAUCCAAUCACCUACGCUGCGCCUCCUCCUGCCCGUAUCUCAUUCUGCGAACCUGUCUCCCAGGGCUUACUUGCUCCAACAACUAAGAUUGUUCUCAUCCAAGCGCGCCCGCCGGGCCAGAGGGCGCAGAGAAGCCUACGGUCUACGUCCGGUCUGCUCAAGCAGGUCGCCGAAGAUGAGGCGGAUGAUACGUCUAACGAGCAGUUUUAUUCUGCUGCGGAAGACAAGCCUACCGAGAGUGGGGCGGAAUUGGAAAGCGCAACACCCCCGGACGACUCGGAAACCGAGGACUCGGCCGGCAACGUUAGCGAUACCUCGGAUGAUUCGCUGGACGACAUGAUUUCGCUGUCGGCCCCGCAACUCCCCCAGCCUCCUUCCGGAGUCAUGUCUUCAAUCACUUCCGCUACCCCUCGUGCUGGUGGUCGGCGCCUUGAUGGAUAUCACACCCCGGGAUCCGUUGCGUCAAAUUUCACGUCGACCACUUUGCGGCCGGGCGGUAGAGCAUCUGGCAAGGUCUUCAAGGCGGAGGGUCUCCUUCGUGGGAUCCCUGCUGAGCUCCUGCAUCCCAAGCCUCGCGAAGACGAUGACACGGGGUCAUUCAUCUAUGUGGAUAUCAGCACACUUGCGAAGAUCGGUUGUUUCUCCGGCGACUGGGUGAAGAUUGAGGCUACUGAGGAACCUCAAACGAAUCUCUUUUCGUCAAUUAAUCUUGGUACAUUCAACGAGCAGGAGGAGGAUAAUGGGGAUUGGCGAGCAGUCAAGAUCUACGGUUUGCCGGGUCUUCCAUCUGCUAAGCCUCGGUAUUCGAUCAACCAAUCGUCCGAUCGCCGUCCCAGCAUCUCACAACGCCCUCCUGUGCGCCUGACUCCAUCCGUAUAUGUCCCCCCACUGCUUCUCAACAAUCUAGACAAUCCGAAAUAUCUACGUCUCUCGCCGAUGGCAUUUGCAACAGGGGCAUCUAGAUCUGGCGUCUUGCACCAAGUGAAGACCAGCGUUGUCCGCCAACCACCUCUGGCGAAGGAAGUGAAUCUCCUCAAGGUGUCGACGCCGCUCUCCAUGGACCGUGUUCUCCAGCCCGCUUUAUUUGCAGGUCUCAAGCAAUAUUUUGAAUCUAAACGGCGACUCGUGAAGAGUGGCGAUCUCGUGGGCAUCAGUGUCGACGAGGGUCUCGGUCGAGCUGUCUUUUCCGGUGCUGCGGCUACAGAUGGUAGCGCUGCGGAUGAAGACUUGACUACACGGCUCAAUCAGACCGGAGAGGCUGCCAAUUCCGGGUUAAAGAAAAUCGGCGUGGCCUGGUUCCGUGUAGCCCAUGUGGCUCCCACCCUGCCCGACGAUCAAGAUGAAGCCGGGGAAGAUCAAUGGGGCGGUGUGGCCGUCAUUGACACGGCGACAACCCGGAUGGUGCAGGCUGGCAGCGACGUCAGCAAAAUCCCUGGCACCCUAGAUAAUGGGUGGGAAUAUUGGCUAGGUGUCAAGACCGUCCCCAAAUCCGUCAGUGAUGUACCAACCCCUCACGGGUUGGUUGUCGAGCCACCGCCAUCAUUCGUAUCCCCCUUGCAGAAGCGGAUCCGUGAGCUGAUGGCCGUGGCGACGAGUCCUCGCGCAAUCCAACUGGGCAUGAAGCCGGUAGUGAUACUUUUGCGGUCGCAGCAGAGACACAUUGGCAAAACCACGCUCGCGACGCGCGCUUGCGCGGAUAUUGGCCUGCAUACCUUCCCAAUUGAUGCGUACGAUAUAUUGACGGAGGGGGGCGCAAAUGGCGGUGAUGUGAAAACUGAAGCCUAUCUCAAAGCAAGAGCUGAGCGGGCCUUCCACUGCGGUUCGCACUGCACCGCGCUUCUCAUCAAGCACAUUGAGGUGUUGACAGCCGACCGGAUAGUAUCUGCAAUGGGCGAGAUCCUGGCAGACGCACGGGUUGUCAUUGCUACAACGACGGACGUCGAGCAGAUUCCCGAAGGAAUACGCAGUCUGUUCACUCAUGAAUUCGAGCUGACUGCCCCGGAAGAGAAGGAGCGUGAAGGUAUUCUUCGGAACGCUGUCUCCGAGCGGAGCAUCAAGCUAGCGCCCGACGUUGAUCUGGGAUCGGUGGCUCUGAAGACCGCCGCGCUCGUCGCUGGAGACCUGGUGGAUGUCGUCGAACGCGCGUCAGCGAUCCGGACUGCUCGUCUGGAGAAAUUAGCAGAGACCGCAAGCAAGUUGGACGCGGGCUCGAAGGUCAGCGUCAGGGACGUCCUUGUCUCCGGUGGUGAUGCAGCACGAGGAAUUACCAAGGCUGAUUUCGACGCCGCAGUCGAUGCCGCACGGAAGAACUUCGCCGAUUCCAUUGGCGCACCCAAGAUUCCGAAUGUUAGCUGGGACGACGUCGGUGGGUUGACCAAUGUGAAGGACGCCCUUGUGGAAACCAUCCAGCUGCCGCUGGAGCGGCCUGAGCUGUUCGCCAAGGGCAUGAAGAAACGCAGUGGUAUCCUGUUCUAUGGUCCGCCGGGUACUGGAAAGACCCUACUUGCCAAGGCCAUUGCGACCGAGUUCUCUCUCAAUUUCUUUUCUGUGAAGGGUCCCGAGCUGCUGAACAUGUAUAUUGGUGAAUCCGAAGCGAAUGUUCGACGAGUCUUCCAGCGAGCUCGUGACGCUCGCCCUUGUGUCGUCUUCUUUGAUGAGUUGGACUCGGUGGCGCCGAAACGUGGAAACCAGGGCGACAGCGGUGGCGUGAUGGAUCGCAUUGUCAGUCAGCUGCUCGCCGAGUUGGAUGGCAUGAAUGGAGGCGAAGAGAAUAGUGGCGGUGUGUUUGUCAUUGGCGCGACCAACCGGCCGGAUCUGCUUGAUACAGCGCUGCUGCGUCCCGGUCGUUUCGACAAGAUGCUCUACUUGGGCGUCUCCGACACGCACGAGAAACAAGCCACCAUCCUGGAGGCCUUGACACGCAAGUUCAAUCUCGACCCGGAGGUGUCUCUGCGCCGCGUCGCCGACCGACUGCCCCUGACUUACACCGGAGCCGAUCUCUAUGCGUUAUGCUCGGACGCGAUGCUCAAGGCCAUCACGCGCAAGGCUACUGCAGUGGAUGAGAAGAUCAAGCAGCUACCAGGCGAACCGGUCAGCACGGCCUACUUUUUCGACCAUCUUGCGACCCCGGAUGACGUUGCUGUCAUGGUGACAGAGGCCGAUUUCACCCGGGCUCAGGGCGAGAUGGUCCCUAGUGUCAGCGCGAAGGAAUUGGAACAUUUCGAGCGGAUUCGGCGGUCGUUCGAGUCUGACGACAAGAAGCAAGAGCCUGAAAACACCUCGGGAUCCGGUUCCAAGCCCCCGCAAACCAUUGGCGACGCCCUGGAAGCCCUCAAGCUGGGACAUCAGCUUGACGGUAUCGUGGAUGGGCCAGUCAUGAAUGGAGAUCACGUCCCACUUGUCAACGGCAAAGGGAAAGGAAAGAUGGGGUCGGCGAUGGCGCGAAGUGCGAGUGGGCACUCCAUCAGCAGCAAGGGCAAGGGCAAGGGAAAGCACAAGGCCUUGACUGCUGGAGGAGGAGAACCCGAUGGCUACACGGAGGAUGGGCCUGUUGCGAACGGGGACGAGGACUACAUUGUCCGAACGGACCACUUGGUGGACUCGUCUCAAUAG